UUUAAGACAUUCGUGGUGAUUACGUAGUCAAGACUAACGGAUUCUUGCGAAAAGGAAGCGUAACAUUUGGAAAACGUCGCAAUAGAACAAGAGACAUAUCUGAACCACGGAGUCUCAAAGAGCGAAUGUCGUUUCGUAAAAUGGAGGUUGGGCAUCGUUUCAGAAGGAUUAAACACAAUUUGCAAACGAAAAAAACGACUGAUGAGGAACUCAAACUCUUCGAAAAUGUCAUGCUCCGGAAUACAAAAGUUUCCAACUUUGCCUCUACAUUUCGCAAGGAUCUCGCAUCAUCUAUGACAACGGGCUUCAAAGAGGAAAAUGUUGAUAAGCGGAAGAAAAAAGUCGAAGAGUUGACAAUGGCACAAAAUCUCCGUGAAGCUUCAGUCGAUCUCGACUACUUUCAAACGAGUUGCCUGCACAGAGUUAUCAACGCAUAUGGAACAGUCUUGCAUGCGGAAGUUGACGAAAAAGUAAAAUUAGAAAUGGCUAUGGAACGAAGAGUUUAUGAGGAGCUUGCCCCAUUUAGCGAAUAUGAGAAGAAUGUGAAUAAAUUAAAGGAUAAAUUGAAUUUAGUGAGCACAGAUCUUGAAAUCGCGCAAAAAGAUUUGGAGAAGGAAAACUCAAUGACCCACCAAGAAUCAUUAGAUGCCAUUCAGAUGAAAUACGAGGGAAUGAAAGACGCGUUGGUCACCGACAUUUUUGCAUCCUCUGUUUCGAAAGAGUUUCAGCUCAAUGAGCAUAUGUUGACGAGUAUGAACUUGAAACGGGAUUAUUUCAAAAAGAUGUAUGAAAUGUACGAAAAGGCAAUUCCAGAGGUGGAGAGGAUGAUUGCUACCGCUCUUCCUCGUCCAGUUUUUGGAGUACCCCUUGAUGAGCAUCUUUCGAUUCAAAAAGAAAGAAUAUCCGGGGUACUCACGAAAUGUUGUGAUUUCCUUCGGCAGAAUGGAAUGAAUGAACGGGGUAUCUUCCGAGUCAGCGGAAACGCGUCCAAAAUCAAAAGAAUCCGCGCUGCCUUGGAUGCUGGACAAUUUGACGCUGAUGAGAAGCACUACAACAACGAUCCUCAUGCUGUUGCAUCGACACUCAAAGCUUAUCUCCGCGAGCUACCGGAUCCGUUGACGAUGGACUCAUUACAAAGCGAUUGGGUUGAAGCUAUCAAUUUGGAAGGCGAGGAAAGAUUUUCUGCAAUUGAUCGGUGCCUCAAGAAAAUGACACGCGGGCAUCGCCAAAACUUGAUCUAUCUGAUGAAAUUUCUGUGCGAUCUUGAAGCAAAACGGGAAGAAACUUCCAUGAACGCUUCAAACUUGGCCAUCGUCUUCGCUCCCACGAUGACUGGCAUGAUUUACGAUGGAAUGAAUACACAUGGUGUAAAACUCACAGAGUUUAUGAUCAGCAAUGGCGUCAGAAUUUUCAACUUUGGAGCUCUGGACAAGUUAGAUACGUCACCGCCAAGUGGAUUCACUCGUGCACAGUCAUCCAUCAGCCCUAGGUCGUUCCGUCCAAAGGAAAAAGCUCCUCCACCACCAUCUCAGACACCAUCUACCAGCGGCGACCUUAUUAACUUGCAUUCGGGAGAUGAUGACGAUUUUUCCGACGAUCAGUCUCCUUCGCCGUUCAAUGGUGGCUCGUUAACCAGAAGUCAUACUGAGCAUCGUCCAAAUCGUCCACCACCACCUUCGUUCCGUGCAGCUUGUGCCGAUACUCCGAAGUCUCGUCCCAUCAGUUACAACAUCGCAGUCGGAGCGCGUCCAAAUGAAUCUCACUCAGUGUCCCAGCCACCGAAAGGAAUGACCGUCAGCAUGGAAGACAUCAUCGCAGAAGCUCCAGUUGCUCCAGAGCGUAAACGGCUCAGCAUUCUGUCGCUGACGGGACCCCCGCGAGUUGUGCCAACACCGACUCAGCCUUCCACUUCUCAAGAUGUGGCAACAGUUACUGACGGAGGGGAUAACAGUUAGUGGAGAAUCAUCAUCCAGUUCGCCGACCACUUCAAUAUCCAUUCCGAGCAAUGUUCAACCGCCACCUCAGUCUGCGAAGCCAAAGCCUCCGCUCCCAGUGAAACCGAAAGAUCUAUCAAAUGAAACUUCUCGCAUGUAAAUGUUUCAACCUAUUUAUUGUUCAUCCAAAGAGCUUAAUUGCGCUGAUCAGCAGCCACCGUCCUAGUUGCAUUCUUUCAUCCACGUUUUUCUCAAUGGUUCCUUUUCCCAGUGUGUUUUAGAAAUUAUGAACUGAUAACAGUCUUUGUUUAAAAUUUUCCAAAUUGUCUACUUUCAAACCAUUCCUCCAUAACAUUUUAUUUUCAGUUUUCACAAUGCUCCAAACCCAGUUUAAAAUUAUUUUCUUUUGUUCCACAAUUCAACGAAAAAGUCAUCCCAUCCGGUAUGCAUAUUGAAGUGUCACUUUUGUGCAUCUUUCUUUCUUCUUUUUAUCUUUUUUUGUAUAUUCAUUGUGUGCCCACUAAAUUUUGAGUAGAUGAAAAUAUAAACAUGUUUUAU